GAACAGAUACGUCCCUCAGAUGCAAGAUGUCCGAUCGACUGGCCCUCCCCGAGCUUCAGCGCCGAUUGAUCGAGCGAAGCAGACGUCUCGGCUUUGUGCCUUAUGCGGACACCCCCCUCCGAGGAGUACGAGACCGCUCAUCAUCCGACGACGGCACCGACAGCGAAGACGGGGCGAGCUCUGAGCAGCGAGGUGCGCGCGGCUCGACGAGAGCUCGUUCGAGCCCUGAUCAUCAACCUCCUGAACCGGGUCGACUUGGCUGUACAAACUGGUGCACCUGCGGCCAGUGCGAGGCGAUGCCGACCAUCGUGGAAAGCGUCUGCUGCCGCGAAAUUCCGGCAGCGACCGAGAAGCAACCGUCGGGCUGCAUUACUAGGAAUGUUCGCUUCCACACGCUGUGCCUGGACGAAGUGGUGCUCGACGUCGUCUUCCAUACGCUCCAGGACCACGGCGUACGCGUCGAGAACACAAGACGGUACCGGUACAUCAGCUAUAGCCAACUGGCGCACUGGCUUUGGGGACGCCUGGGCAGGAAUCACAGGAAGGUCCUCCCAGCCUGUGCUGUACACAAGAUAAGGGAGAGAUUUCCGUCAGAGGAUUACACUGGCUUUCAGUAUGCAAACAGAAACUAAAAUCUUUGCCAAAGUUAUUAUGCUGUUCACAUUGUGUUAAUUAAAAAGGGAAAGGGGGUGCACCAGAAUUAGAGGGUGAUGUCUAAAAUCCAUAAAAGAUAGUCUUUUCAAUUUUGUCAUUGCGAAAACACCAAAUUUUUAGUAUCAUCAAGGUAGUCUACGGGUCAAAUAUUACUAUACAAUUUCAUUUAAAUGUUUAAUGUACUAGUCAUAAGUUUGAGAUGCGUCAAGUCACAGAGAUGAACCAACUCAAGUGGGAGGCAGACUGUACAACCAACAUGGCAGUUUGUACCGCUUGUUCACUUUAGCUAACACUGUUAUUGCAGUAUAAACGCAUUACAACAGACAUUCAAAUAUAACAUACUGAUUUGUCAAGUUUGGUAGGUUUUCUAUCUGUGCCACUGAUCCAACUUUGUGUCUGCAUUCUGCAUACUUCUUUUACAACAGCCCUAAAUCCUAGGCACUAGCAAAGUCUGUUAAAACGAGUUUAGGUUGAUAUGUCUUGUUGACAGUUUGACCUUCAGUUGUCUUUUUGCUUUUCCAUGCGAAGCCAACAGAUUGCAUCAGUGCGGUGAGUGCCAUUUUGCAUUCGCUGAACUUAGUCGAGCAUGCCUUUUCGCAUGAUAACUCAUGUAACUGUUCAUACCAUGUGAAUGUGCCAUGUUAUUGACAAUCUGAUACCAGUCUUGCCUUCUGCAGCUAAAGUUUCGGUUUUGAUUUGCAAUCAUGUAUAAAUGAAGACUACAUAAGGAAUGUAUCUUACUUUCCAUGAAAAAAAAUCGCCCAGGACUGUUUGUCACUGCUUAUCAAGGCAAGACCGCGCAUUAUACAGAUAUUUUCAGAGUUGAACGUAAUUUUCCGAUGAAGGAUUAUGCACAAUAUCUGAAUGCUUUACAGGUAAACAGGGCGCACAUUCUUUCCUCAACGUCAGGCUAAAGUUAAGACGGUCACAAAACAUUAAACAGGUGGUUGUGUAGCAUCUUGGGAAGUUGAACAAGGGUACAGCGAAUGAUAUCCUUCAGCAGUGCAAUUCGAGAACUAAUCCCCCUAAAGCCAGUGAAGCUUGCUUGUCUAGAUCAGACAUCUGCUGAGCACAAUGUAUGUAGACAUUACAUUAAUUCAGUAUUUGAGGCUGCUAUUUUGAACCUUAGCCACUUCCAGGGUUUGGGCAGUUUAACAGGAGAGUACCUACUUUUGAGUACCUUAGUUGUGAGUGUUCUGCUGCCUAUGCCGCAACACACUUACGAAAGCUUGGCUCCUUAGUGGUGGCAUUAAUAAAAAUAAAGCAUUGGUUCGAGCUCCACAUCGAGUCAGAAGAGUGAGUAGCGAUAUCCAAACAUCAGCCUUGUGUUUAUAAGCAGUCAGGCCCACGUUUUGUGGUGGUUUUUGUAACUUAUAGUAUGAUAUUUUGCAACUCAAGAACAGCAGAAGUCUCCCCUUUUCCCUCCACAUUUGCACUGAAUGCUUAAAAGGAGAGGAGAAAGCCACCAAUCCUGAUAAGUGGUUUCCUACUCUCCACUCGCCUGCCAUUCUUGAGCUGCAACAGACUAUAGUUAUAUCAACUGUGAAGUAAACCCUCAUUUUCUGCAUUAGUGACUAGUCGCAUUACGAAAACAGGGGGGAAAUGAUGGUCACAACAUGUCUUUUUUUAUUUUUGAUGGGUUGCUGUUAGCAGUGUGUGAGAAAUGAUGGAUUAGAUGAUAGCACAUAGCAGACAGUAAUAGUUUGCAUUUAUUACUGCAUUGCCUGUGAAGUGAAUAUGUACCUGAUCUUAUUUAAAAUUGUAUAAGGAUAAAGGAAAUGAGGUAUUUUCGGAAUGUAAACCGUGUUCUGUAGUAUAUAAAUUAUGUACCCUCUCCCAUGUAAUUGCAGUGUCUACAAAUAAAUUUUCAUAAACUCAAUGUCUUCCUAUCAGCAUCAAUAAGCUAAUGAUAUAGAGGAGCACCCACCUGAUCU